UCUUUCGGGUCAAAUUCGUCAUCAGUAAAAACGCAGAAGUUUCACAGAGAUAUUCUUCUGUUAUUGAUGCGGGAGUUCAGCGGAAUAAAGUGAACUUUCAUCCGCUUAAACACACAGAAAUUUCUUUUUCUUUCGACCAGUUUCUACUGUGUUUUUUUUUCAGUUGUUUUUCUUUUUCUUUCUUUUCUGGAGUCGCUUCAUGUCUGUUUGCCAAUAGAACAAGAAUCGCGGGAAAUAUCGACUAUCACGAGCCAAAGAAAAUCAGUGAGAGUCUUUAAAUCAGAUCUGCAUUCAAACCGGUUCCAGACCAGCAGUUUGGUGUUUUAGUGGUAUUCAGGUAACCAUGGCGACCCGAGGCCAUGCCUCCAGCUCAUUAAUGAGUAAUCACACAAAGGAACGAGUGACCAUGGCUAAAGUCAUGCUGGAAAACUUCUACAGUAACCUUAUAACACAACAUGAGGAGAGAGAGAUAAGGCAGCAAAAACUGGAGAAAGUAAUGGAUGAGGAGGGACUACCUGAUGAAGAGAAGCGCGUGCGUCGCUCUCAGCACGCUCGUAAAGAGACAGAGUUCCUUCGGCUAAAGAGAACCAGACUGGGACUGGAAGACUUUGAGUCUCUGAAGGUGAUUGGACGAGGAGCUUUCGGCGAGGUGCGUUUGGUUCAGAAGAAGGACACGGGUCAUGUUUACGCCAUGAAGAUCCUUCGCAAAGCCGACAUGCUGCAGAAAGAACAGGUGGGUCAUAUCCGUGCAGAGAGAGACAUCCUGGUUCAGGCAGACAGUCUCUGGGUAGUGAAAAUGUUCUACAGUUUUCAGGAUAAAAUGAAUCUUUACUUGCUGAUGGAGUUUCUACCUGGAGGUGACAUGAUGACUCUACUGAUGAAGAAAGACACUCUGACGGAGGAGGAAACUCAGUUUUACGUAGCCGAGACGGUUCUGGCCAUCGAUUUCAUCCACCAGCUGGGAUUCAUACACAGAGACAUCAAACCAGACAAUGUGCUACUGGACUCAAAGGGUCAUGUCAAGCUGUCUGAUUUCGGGUUGUGUACAGGGCUCAAAAAAGCUCAUCGGACCGAGUUCUAUCGGAACCUUAAUCACAGCCAAUCCAACGACCUCACGUUUCAGCAUAUGAACUCUAAAAGAAAAGCAGAGACAUGGAAAAGAAACCGUCGACAGCUGGCCUUCUCCACUGUGGGAACGCCGGACUACAUCGCCCCGGAGGUCUUCAUGCAGACCGGCUACAACAAACUCUGUGAUUGGUGGAGCCUUGGCGUCAUUAUGUAUGAGAUGCUGAUUGGUUAUCCUCCGUUCUGCUCAGAAACUCCUCAGGAGACCUACAAGAAGGUGAUGAACUGGAAAGAGACGCUGGUGUUUCCUCCAGAGGUCCCGAUCUCAGAGCGAGCCAAAGAACUGAUCCUGAGAUUCUGCUGUGAAGCUGAUCAUCGUAUCGGAACGGCUGGUGUUGAAGAAAUCAAGAGAAACGCUUUCUUUGAAGGAGUCGAUUAUGACCAUAUCAGAGAGAGACCUGCUGCAAUUCCUAUUGAGAUCAAAAGCAUCGAUGACACAUCAAACUUCGACGAGUUUCCAGAAUCAGACAUCUUGCAGCCUACAAGUCCAGCGGUGGUGAGCAGUCAUCCAGAGUCUGAAUAUAAGAACAAGGACUGGGUCUUCAUCAACUACACCUACAAACGAUUUGAGGGUCUGACGGCCAGAGGAGCCAUUCCAUCAUACAUGAAGACUGGGAAAAGAUAAAUACCUUCUUCAUUCUCUUCUCUUGCUGUCUGAGCUCUUGAUAUUCAAUGAAGCAUUUCAUUGCACGAUUACAGAAUAAUUCUAAUGAGGAUUUAGUCUUCUGUAAAUGGUCACGUCUGUCUCGACACUACCAAAGAGAACAUCUUUAUAUCAGUCUGUUCUCUUCCAGGAAGCCACUCUGGGCUUUAGAAAAACAUUUUCUUCACUGCUGGAUUUCAUUUUCAUUUGUUAUUUGUGCUGUACUUUUUACAAUCUUGUUUUUUAUGGUCAAAAUCUUCAAAGAUUGUGCAGGCAAAUGGCCUCAAGUUUUAAUAGAUCAUCACCCAAUGAUCCAAAACCAUGUAGCUAUUCUAAAGUGCUCUUAGUAUUUGUAGGAUUUCCAUUAUUGUAUAUAUUUAAUGACUUGUCAUGUUGGCUUAAAACCCUUGCUGAAAUUCAUGUUUGACUCUCAGUGAAGACAAUCACAUAUUUAAUUGUGCUUUUCAAUUAUAAUGCCAAAUAAUGGGUGGAAUCCCAUGAAUGCAUAGCAGAUGUAUGAUCAGUCAUGUUGUUUAUCCAUAUUUAUAUUUUUUUGAUAAUAUUUUUGCAUGACUGUGUGCUAGUUUUAGCUUUCUCGAUGUGGUUUGUCAGUGCUUCGAUUUCACUUAUUCACAAGUUUCUUCGGCUGAAAGCUUUAUUUGUAUAUGAAUGUGAUUGUGUCAUUGAAUUUGACUGGUACUGAUUUGAAUUUCAAAGGUACAAUCAGAGGGUCACAUGGUACAAGUGCUCUGAUUCUUCUGUUUCAUAGUCUAAUUGAAUUUUGCAGUUCAUUUCUGUUUCUUGAUGUUUAUUUUCUGGACAUUAUUAUGCAUUUACUUUGAGUUAUUACAAUGUGAAAUAAAUUAUUGCUAGAAAAAUA